GCAGGAAUCAUGUGCUGGGAAUGAGUUCAGGUUGGGAAGAGUAUGGGGAAAUCCGUUGGCAAUUGGUUAUUUGCCUUUUUGUUGCGUGGGUCAUUGUGGCCGUGUGCUUGAUCAAUGGGAUCCAGAGCUCCGGGAAGGUGGUAUACUUCACCGCCCUCUUCCCCUACCUCGUCCUCCUCAUCUUCCUCAUAUAUGGGGCAAUGCUACCGGGAGCGAAAGAUGGAGUUUUGUUUUAUUUGACGCCUCAAUGGGAGCGACUAGCGUCAGUGGGCGUGUGGUAUCAAGCAGCGGCCCAAGUCUUCUACUCGCUUGGGCCGGCUUUUGGCGGGCUUCUUACCCUCGCUUCUUUCAACCGAUUCAACAACAACUGCCAAAGAGAUGGAAUCGUAGUGGGGUUGAGCAACUGCAUGACCUCAUUUUUUGCCGGCUUUGUCAUCUACUCUGUUGUGGGAUUCAUGGCAAACGAGCUGGGUGUGGAGGUGAAGCAUGUGAUUCGAGAUGGAACGGGACUUGCAUUUGUGGCUUAUCCAGAUGCCGUGGCACGAAUGCCUGUUCCUCAAUUCUGGGCCUUCCUCUUCUUCUUCAUGCUCGUCACUCUUGGUCUUGACAGUCAGGUACUUCCUUAA